CUUGACCCCUGUGAAUACUGUGGCGCACUGAUGGUCUCGCGCUGCUGGGGUGCUGGCGGAAGAAGCUCUCCCGUGACGUCAGACGUGCUGACGUCACGGCUGUGGGCCGCUGCGGCAGACUGUUAAGAUGGCGUCGUCAAGGAGACUGAGCCGCUGUGGCUCCGCGGCCGUUCUGGUUCUUUUGGGUCUAAUCAGCGUUCUGAACACGGGCCGCUGCGAUGACCAGGUCCCGUUCCUCUUGUGGACAAGCGAGGGGACCGCUCUGACCUGGCAGCCCCCUCCCACCGCUGGACACAUCAUUGGUCAGCAGCAGCUUGCCGCUUAUUUGGAGAAAGCUCUGGAUGUGGGCCCACAAAAUGUGCUCCUGUUCCUUCAGGACAAGAUGAGUAUAGAGGAUUUCACCAUGUAUGGAGGAGCCUUUGGAAACAAGCAGGACACCGUUUUCCCCAAUGUGGAGGGAGCCCUGAAGUCGUCGGCGUCCCCUCUGCUGCUCCCCGCCGUGUCCUGGCCCGCCUCCAACGCCGUGAUCGGUCAGCUCCAGAACCGGCUGGACACCUCCCCUCUGUACAUGGACCCGGAGACCUUGAGCCACCUGAGGCUCAACGCCUCCUCACCCGCCCUGCUGGUGUUCAGGAUGCCCUACAGCACACGGGGUGAUCUGGUGUCAGCAAAGGGAAUUCUCAGUGAAAAUGAUGAGGUGAUUGGUCAGGUGCUGAGCAUCAUGAAGACCCAGGCUGUUCCCUACACGGCCAUUUAUACCGGCCUGCGGCCCUCAAGGGAGGUAGCCUCUCUGUCCAUGGACAGCACCAUGGCUGGAGGGCGCUCUCUCCUGCAGAGCAGAGGUGGAUACAGAGACAGAGAGAAAGAGCGGGAGAAGUUGAGGAGGAUCAAGGAACGGGCCGGAAUCUACGAUCCAGUGGAGUUUAAGGAGGGGGAUAAGACCUGCAUCAUGCUCUGGGCCAAAGGCCUCUCGGUCAGCAUACUUAGGAGUGGCCGCUGGGAGGAUCAUGACUUGACUCCAUCUACCUUUGGAGAAGGUGUUAGUCCUAAACUGCACGGCUCCAGUUGUGACGGAAGCAAGGCCAGGUUGGUGCUCAACUACGAGAACGUCCUGGGCCACCGCAGCUUCAAGCUGAUCCUGGCCAUGAGCCAGCGGCACUACAAGGUGUCGGCGCGGCGCUGGUUCACGCUGGAGCACGUGCAGCUGGAGUACGACGGGACCAAGGCCACCUUCAACGGCAGCCGGCACGUCUUCGCCCCGGCCGAGUACUCCUACCGCUGCCAGUCGGUCAGCAGCUACCGCUGGCCCCAGCUCAUCCAGGGCUUCAACCUGAGCGGGCGUGAGUUCUCCUACGCCAGCGACUGCGCCGGCUUCUUCUCGCCGGGCAUCUGGAUGGGCCUGCUGACCAGCCUGCUCAUGGUGCUGGUGCUGACCUACGGCCUGCACAUGAUCAUGCAGCUGCGCACCAUGGACCGCUUCGACGACCCCAAAGGGCCCGCCAUCUCCGUGCCCCAGACCGAGUGAAGCGCCCGCCAGCCCCCCCUCCCCGGGUUCUCCUCCAGUUUUGAAGUGUUUUUGCAGAUUCAUUGGUGGUGUUGUGGUAACGUACUUAGAACUGACCGUCAGUCUCUAUCAGUUUAUGUAUCAGGUGCUCCCGGUUAUUUUCUCUCUUGUAGUGGCAUCAUUUAAAAACUCUGUAAAACACCUUCAAACCGAUCAAAAAGGGACAUUAGUUUUGAGAAUAAUUCUAAUAUACACAAUUGGGAGACUCGAAAUGGAUCCAGUUUAGUUAUGCUGAGAUUGACUGAUGUUUACCAGUGAGAAAGAUACAGAAAUGAAUUCAUUAAUGAAUUUAAUAUAAGAUUAAAUGGCAUUAAAUUAAACACAAAAUGUUAUUUAUUGUUGAAAUGGCUGUUAUUUAUGCGUAAGGUUGUGUUUGCAGAUUGUGUGUGACAUCUUUGGAUGAAUAAUUCCAUUCAUGCUAUGGUCGGACUGGCUGUAACUCGUGUGUCUUUCCGGGUCCAGAUUGUGUAAAUAGAUCAGAGAUUGGUGUUCAAUAACAAAUGAAGUCGUCCGUGUUUUGUCAGGAAUUGUUUUGGUUUCAUAAUAACAUAAUAACAUUCCACUGCUGUGUUGUAUUGUUUCUGUGGCUCAAAUAAAACAUUCCACACCCAGAUUUUUCUGAAAGGUUGAUGUUUUUAACCAUUUA